CUUUAAGCUGGAGCACAUAAAGUAGGACUUAAUCAUGACAUUAGAGUUUGACGUUUUCAAGUAAAAUUCGGGAAAUUCUGGAUGGUAUAUGAAACUCAAUUUUAGCUAAUGGAGCUGGAGAGUCUACUCCACUUUGUAUGAGUCUGUGAAGAAACUUUUGGUUAUUACAAAUUCUCCUCAGCCAAAGAGGAUGCAUUCCAGAUCUGACCAACACCGCUGAUUGGUCAGUCUCACGGCUGGGGAAAAUUCGGGCUGAUAAAGCAGAUGAUGAAAGUCAAAAGCAUGAAGUACAAUAGGCCGCCUUUCUGAAGGGCAAGAAAAACUGUCAAAAUCAGGAGGCCAUAAAUGCGUACUACAAUUUAUUGUAAGAACGACUAACGCUACGGCCCUUACUAUAUUUGGGGCAAUUCUUGGAAGUAGAUUUUGUAUCAUAUAACCAAUUGAGCUCAAAUUUUGUAGACAUGUUUGGUUUGCGUGACAAUACAAAAAUGCUGCCAUUUUGAAUCCAAUAUGGCCGAUGCUACAAAAUGGCGAUUCAUCACUUCAUGAUAUGAGAAUCAAAUGAAAGGACUUAAUGAGAUAAAUACUAUAGGAGCUGGACCACAGCUGGACAAAGUGCGACCAUGGCUGAGGAAAGCAGCGUUGUGGACGGUGGCAACGGAAAAGAAGAUACGAUAGUGGGGGAAGAUGCCGACGUCGGGACGGAAGAAGAAAUUUUGGCGGGAGAGGCCGUCGUACCGGAAGAGGAAGUUGGUACUGAGGUUAUCGCAGACGAUGCCAAAUCCAUUGACGACGAUUAUGCAGAAGCUGAAGAAGAAAUAGAAGAAAACAAAAGUUUGAACAAAAUGCAAAUAAUGGAGGACGUGCGAGAAGGAUGCAACGCUGAACCAUCUUCACCUGGCCAUGCCGAGCAGCGCUCGUCUGAAGAUGUACGAGUCAAUCCAGAAAUAUCAAUUGGGAAUGGAUUCGAAGAGGUCAAUAAUCAGGAAGAAGGUGAAAAGACGACUACCAUACAGGACGUCAAACAAGAAGAAGAGCAAAUCACUGAAGGAGUCAGACCACCUGACCAACCAACGGAAGAUACCUACAGUAAUAGUGGUUCACCCAAUUCCGAAUCAAACAAACGCAAGUUAGACGCAGAAGACUACCCAAUCAAAAGACUGAGAGCAGAAAUGCACGAACACAUCACAUCACGUGAAAAGAUCCUUAACGAGUUCAUCGAAAUGGCGGACUGCAACAGCAUGGAGCAGAUCCACACCUUUAGCGAACAGUUGCUAGCAGAGAUCAAGACUUUGAACGAGUUGGCUAAGGAGAAGGAAAGAGAGUGGAACAACCUGAUACAUUUGAAAAAACUUAAGGAGGAGCUACUGAUCAGGAUGCAGAGGAAGAAACAGGUCAUGCUGUUGACCGAAAAAUCAGAAUAUGUCGAUAUGCUGAACGAAUCUCAAGGUGACAACGGAGAUGACAAAAUCAAAAAUAACAUGUCCCAAAGUAUACUGAAGGCAAAUCUGACAAGUGCUCAAAGAGGACGUACAGCAAACAACGGAAUAAAUGGAGACAAACUGAGACAGAGAAUAAUGAUGCCUAAAACACAGAUGAGUGGCUUGGAAAUGAAUGGUGGUUUGGAUCUGAGGCAAGCUAAGCAACGGCCUACACUAGACGUCCAAUCAAUAAUAGCAGACUACAGACAGAAGCACCCGGAAACAGUUCCCAGGAGGGGAAGGAGAAUACGGACUUCUUACUCGGAUGGUAUAAGUAGAUUGGUCGCUAAUUACUCUGGUGCUCAACUGAGACAGGGCAACCAAGACGUCAGCAGUGAGUUGGGACUGCUCUUAAAUACCAUCAAUAUGAAUAAACAGCAAGAAGGUAUGAAAGCAAACAGUAACGAAUCUCACUGUCAAAACAGCAGCAACCAGGAUGCAGUGUCGUUCAAAGACAUGCUACUUCAAUUCGCUAAAUUAUCCCAAAGUGAAAGAACUGAACUUAUCCAGAAUGCAAUCAGACCUCCACCGCCUUACCCGGAGGUGACAGUACAUCCAGUUCCUACAAGUACCACUACAGCAGCACCUACAAAUUCACUUUUACACGGAAUCUUAACUAAAGCACCUCCAAAGCAGAGCAAGACCUCAUUCAGCCCAACGCUGGCGCGUUUGCUAACAGCACCAGAAAGAUCCACGAAUAAUCACCUCAACUCAGCGUCUACUAUGCCAAACAAUACCAUAGCUCACCCCUCGAAUGUGUCAAUCUCCGAAAUACUUUGUACUAACAAGGCUCGUAAUGAGAUAACUAUAACCCCAGUGGAUACACAAUACGAUCCUGCAUCUUCUAAAGACAGACUGAUGGAGGAAGAAGAAGCUGAAGAUAGCGCAGACCGAUUGGUGAUAGACGAAAGCCACGAAGCAGCUGAAGCUCGACGAGCAGCAAAUGCUGGUUCUCAGGACACCGGAUCGGAUGGAGAUGAAAUACCGAUGUGUCAAGGGUGCAAUCAGAAGCCAGCCCAAUUUGUGUGCGCGGGAUGUGGCAAUCAAUGGUACUGUAGUCGAGACUGCCAGGUGUCCGCAUGGGAUGAACACUCAGAAGUGUGCUCAGGUUGAAGAUGCAAUACUAAGAAUAUAAAAAGGACUAAGUCACAAGCAUAAGGCCGGGCUACAUUCAUUGAUUACAAAAUACAUAUUGUAAGUUUUAUAAAAGCCAAUACGCAAUAUUUUAUAUUCUAAAGUAAACGCCGAAUAUUUAUUAUAACGUUUGUAUAUAUCUGCAGGCAUGGGCAUUGUGUUUGCAUAGAUAGGUAAAUGAUGAAAGAUUCAUGUACUUCUCUAAAGUAUCUUUUAAGAUUGGACCAACCAUAGUAGGAUGUUAGGGCCGAAUGUGUAGCCUGCCCGCUUGACCCUUCCGUGUAAAAACAUCUUAUAUGUCUUGACAGAUCUUAGUGACAAAGAGUUAUAUAUAUAUAUAUAUAUAUAUAUUCCUUCAAGCCUCCUUCAUUUCAUUACAUUGAAAGAAUGCACGGACCUACUCAGUUUGGUUGAAGUGAAAUUUAAAUUCAAUGAGAGGUUUGACAACACCGUCAACUGUCAAUUCAAAUGAGGCUGCCUUAGGCGACCUCAAGUAAACAAACGGCUAUAUAUUGGGCCCUUACCUAAUAUUAUGAACUUUACUGUUAGUUAUUUUAAACGAUCAAAAUUCACAUUUAAAAACCUAACUUCUAAGGAUAUCAUUCUUAAGAAGUGUUGAUAUAUGCCAUUUCUGCGUUUCUAAAAUUAAGCUUAAUAAGAACGAAAAAUAGUUUUGUACAACGUGCAAGUAUUUUGUUACUGAUCUUUUAAGUGUAGUUGCUAAGAUUGUAGAACCAAAGAUGAAAUCCAAAGCAGAAAAACUAUUCUGAGAUCUUAAUUCUGUAUAAUUGAUUACUUUAGUCUACCUAUUAUUCUUCUUUGGAUUCCUAAUUCAUUCUCUGGAAUAUAAUCGUAUGUAUGUAUAUGUGCAAUUGACAAACAAAACUGAUACGAAAUACAGUUUUUUUCAAAAUCCUUUACUUUCUCUUCCACACAUCAGGUAAUGGUAUAUUCUUGUCACCUUUUCUCAUUUCGCAUUUCUGAUAUCCUUCUUUAGCGUGUAUCUAUGUGAAGUAAUUACUUUUUAAAAACAUUUUUGCCGUUGUUUCUAAAGAUGAGUAUAAGCUUUUCAGACAUACACAUACAAAUACACCCAGGGGAUAUCAAAUAGAAACAGCCAACAAAGGGUCAGUUGAAUAACAAAAAGUGCAAAAAGCUUACUUGCAAGUUUUUCUAAAUUGGAGUGAAUAAAAGUGCGACUUGCUUGCUCUAAUUCUAAUGCUUUAAGUCGGGCUUUACUUGCAUGUGUUGAUUUGAAAGGUUUAAUGAUACUUAUUCCGCCUGGCGCUUUGCUAUCAGAUAUUUUUUUUUAGUAGUACAGUAUCCCACUGUGACUUCAUAUAAUGAAAAAAACUUAGACAAUUGCAGCAGUAAUUAAAAACAAGUGACGACUAAAAACUACAAACAACCAGAAACCUUCACAAUUCGGAAAUUUCAGAGGUCACAUUUUUUUCACUCAUACAGGGUGUCCCGCGAGGUAAGGGAUAACAUUUUUCCAAAAUAAAAAAAAUUAUAUCUCGAUAACGAAGCAUUUGCGGACCCAUGUUCAUAUGACUUUUUCGACUCGCAUUGACCUGAGGAACACGCAGAAAAAUGUUAUCCCUCACCUCGCGGGACACCGUGUAUAUAACUGUUGUCAGUAACGUUUUCGCAUACAUAUAUCUAAUUGAUUCAUACAACAACAGCCCGUCUGGCAAGCCUUACAAAAAUGACAAGUAUCUUUGGACUGAAAAUAGGUAUUUUACAGGUAUUUACUUGAUUUUUUAUGAUUAAAGCAUCACUUAUUUUCACUCAACUGACCCAAAGGCAUGUUAUUAGUAGUGUUAAAAGUAGUGUUAUCGUGCAUAAGCCAUAACACCAGAAUAUUUUUUGUUUCAUACUUACAACUAGUCAUGUAUUUUGUAAAGUUAGUUACCUUGUAUAAGUUACACUUUUUGUACGUGUUUUUGUAAGUGCCAUUGAACGUUUUUCGUGUAUUUAGUUCUUAAGUGAUGCAAUGAAACGUAUAAUGUAAGAUACAAUUCUGUGAUAUCCUUUUUAAGGAUCAACGAUAACUACUUAAAAAUAAAGCUAUCUUUCGUAAGCA